CGCCUUACAAAUCCAACACCCUGGUGCCGGGGCGGACUUGUCACACAUCCGAGCUGCGAGCACUGCAUGCGCUCUAACACCGGGUUAUAGUGUUGCAAUAUCCUGCAUUUAUUAGUACUUACAUAUAUACGUAUGGGACUAUAGCUCAACAAUAAUGGAGGGACCCGAAGCCGGAUAGAACCUUGAGACGUGCAUACCUCAGAGUGGGAUUUAAAACACCACGCCUACCCUCCUACUAGAUCUUACUCUCCUUCUUUGACAUCUCUCUCUUUAUCUCUCGCCCCGACGUCAAGAAAAGAAGUUCAAGAUGGCUCCGAAAUCAGUCGCUGUUAUUACGAUGAGUACCCGGGGUACCCGGGCAGGACCCAAUGUAGCCAGUUUCGUCCGGAAUAUUAUCGAGAAGCCUCUGGCAGCGGACAGCAUAUCCGUUACCGAUGUGGACGUCGUCAAGUUUAACCUCCCCGUCUAUAACGAAAAAGUGGCUCCUAUCAUGGUACCCGAGCAGGCCUCUUUCGAAUAUGAGCACUCCAAGGCCUGGAGUGCUGAGAUCAUCAAGUACGAUGGUUAUGUCCUCGUCAUCCCCGAGUACAACUACUCGAUGGCGGGAGGCACUAAGAACGCUAUCGACUAUUUACUCCACGAGUGGAAGGGCAAGCCGGUUGCCAUCGUCAGCUACGGCGGUGGAGGUGGCGCCAACGCCAGUGAGCAAGCUAAGGGAGUUCUUACCAACAUGGGCCUCAAGGUUGUCGAAACGCGGCCUCAGCUAGCUUUUGCCAAGCCAGAUUUAUUCUCCAUCAUAGGCACCGGAAAGCUGGGAGACGAGACCGUGAAGGCCUGGGAAGCAGAGCACACUCCGACCAUACAGAAGGCCGCCGAAGAGUUGAAGACUUUGUUAUCGCAGCCCAGCGCUUAAGCCAAUGCUCCCAAGGAAGAAGAAACUGAGUUGCGGUCGGUUAGCCGGAUGGUGAGGGUGGAUGAUGCUAUGUAUCCAAAACGCCAGGAUUAACAGAGUCUUGAUCCGAACUUUAUUUCUACGGCAACAACUAGCUAUCUAGACACUUAUAAACCGGUUUACGACAGCUUCAAUAUUUUCCGAGGGCCCUCUACAGAAACAGGGUCCACUUAUAAGAGGCAGCUAGGUACACCCUUUACCUUUCAUACUUGUGGUAUGCUUGAUUUGAACAAGUAGACCUUUGUUAGAUGAAACUAUUGAUUAGUGCCAUACAUAGCGAAUGUCAAUAUGAUCGAGUUAAAGUAUUAACGCCUAGCCUUCUAUCCUCAUCUGAGGGCGCUGCGUGCCUCUUAUACCCAACAUCCCAGUAGAUCUGCCCCUGAACCUACCCCCAUCCGACUAUUCCUCGGAAACCUUAAUUUGCCGUAUAGCCGUGAAUAAAUAUAAUGACUACGCUCUAAAUAAUACAAAAUAAAAAGAAAUAUCUUUGAACGACAUAUGAAAUAGAUCUCAAACGUAUUUCAACCCCAAAUUCAACGUUCUAUCCACCAAUCAUCUCU